UAUGUAAAAGUUCCACACUGCAGGUUUAAAAUAACUGCUUACUCUUUCUGGAUACCAGGUAGAGUAUCCAGAAAGGGUCAACAGGUGAAACCAAAACAAUGAGCUGAAAGAUGCCAAAACUGUAGAAGCUGAGGGGAAGUUUUAUAGACUCAUCACUUCAGAGGACAGCUUUCACAUUACAUGUAAUAAUUUGAGCCAUUGUUAAUAUGAGACGUAUUUGAAAAAUAGUGCAGCUUUAAAUUGAGAACUAUAAAAUACACACUCAAGUUGGAAAGUUUUCCUGAUUUAUGACAGGAAAUAUGAUGUCUGGAUAUCUUUUUGAUACUCAGUGCCACAUACACAUUCUGGUUAGUACUCAAAAUGUAUUAUUUGAUACCCAGCCCUACUACCUUCCACAGUUAUGUCCAUAAACUGUUCAUCCAAUCUGUUUGUAGAAACAGAUUCAAGUAAGAAGCGAUUACAUGUUCCACAUUCAAAGCAGUUAGAUGUUGGCUGAUAGGUCAUUCACUCUGAUAUAUAUAGUCAUCAAUCUUAUGAACAAAGUGAGCGAAACUUGUUGCUGUCCCUGCUUUUCCCACUUUCUCCCUCCUGGCUGUACUGCUGUACCACUAUCUGUCUCUGCAUCUCUAUCUUAAUCUAACUCUCCCUCUCUCCUCUCUAAUGACAGUCAGCAGGGCUGAUAGGCAGAUAUAUUUACACUGGUGGCAAGGGAGGAAGAAGUCAGCAGCCAAACCCUGUCCAGCCUCCGGCUCUGGCAGGCGGGGCUUAGAGGAAACCCUGGCCGGGUAGCCCCUCCCCGAGCAGGGCAUAUCUCUCUGUGCUGUCCCUGGCCCUGCUCAGAGCUCUCAGCUAGAUGGGACCAAAGCCUCGGCGGCCCGCAGACUCACACAAUCCCACACCAGCCCCUGGGGGAGAGAGCAGAGAAGAGAAAGCAGCACAGAGAACAGAAGGCUGCUGCUAGCGUGCACACUGGCUAAGAGAGAUACAAGAAAGCCAGUGUGUCUUUAAUUUUUUUUUUUCUUAUAUUAGCUGUCUUCUAGAGCUGUUGAUGAGGCAGGCUGGGUCAGCUCCAUCUCAUCUCAGUUUGGGGUCCAGAGGCGGCCGGGGGGGGGUCGAAGUGUGUACCGCUUCUCGAUUGUGUGUGACAUUAUUUUGCAACUUGUGAACACUGGAACUGUACUGUAAGCAUUAUGACUCUUCUGGGCUCUGAACACUCCAUACUGAUACGAAGCAAGUUCAGAUCAGGUAAGUCCAAUGAUGAUGAUGAUUGACAUGUCACUCACACUCUGUUGUAUUUGUGUUGAGGUUAUUAGUGGAAACUUUCUGUGUACAGCUGUGUUUAUUCUCAAGAGCCUUCCAAACAGUUUGUCUGUCAACCCUUGGCAUUUAUAGGCAACCCUGUAUACAUCAUGUCAUUCAUCUGUCUUCACGGAUGAGUUGUGUUGACACUCAUGAUGUGCUCUUCAGUAACACCAGCCGAGUGACAGGUGUGUGUAAUAUACUGCGGGCAUGUGAUGGUACGAGGAAUACCAAAGAGGCCAGCAUAAGUCAGAAAUCCUCCCGCGUACCAAUCCUAACGACGCAACCCAUCACAGCGUGAUGGAUUUACAGCUGGGCGUGUUCUUUGAUGUUCGUCCGCCUCCUCGUAAAAGCACGACAUGUGAGGGUGAUGUCUCGGGCAGUCCUACAGUUAAGACUUCAGCAGAGGAGGACACGAGAGCAGCUGGCAGACCAAGGCAUCAUGCCUCACCUGGUCUCAGACGGCUCCUCUCUGGAGGCCCAGAUGAGGCUAAAGCGAGCCCGGCUCGCCGAGGACCUGAAUGAGAAGCUGGCUCUCAGGCCGGGGCCACUGGAGCUGGUCCAAAAGAAUAUCAUUCCCCUAGACUCUGCCGUCACAAUGACAGUAAACCAUGGUAAGUUCCCUAAACAAGAGGACUCGUAUGCGUUUGAGGAGGACAGCAGCAGUGAGAGUCUGUCUCCGGAGCAGCACCACAGCGACGAGUCUCAGGGCUCAGCCUGCCCUUCGUCCGAGGCCGUCGGCAGCACACCCUCCUCCUCUUCCUCACCUGCCCUCACCAGCACACGACAGGGGGGCACAACCAGAGACCCACCUGAUCAAAGCCAGGAUGAAGGACUCUCUGGGGCUAACAACAGCCAAGCUACUCCUCCAAUACCUGUUCCUGCUAUUGUCAAGUCCAAGACGUCAGACAAGAACCGACACAAGAAGCCCAAAGAUGUGAAGCCCAAAGUCAAGAAGCUCAAGUACCACCAGUACAUUCCUCCGGACCAGAAGGCCGAGAAGUCUCCUCCGCCCAUGGACUCGGCCUAUGCCCGACUCCUCCAGCAGCAGCAGCUCUUCCUGCAGCUGCAGAUCCUCAGCCAGCAGAAACACGCUCACACACACUCACAGACGCAGCACUCACAGCAGCACACACACACUCCGCAGACACCGGCACAGGUCCAGGCUCAGCAGCGGCAGCCCGCUUUCAGCUACCAGCCCCACCCACCAGCACAGACCCAGAAAGGAACCAGUGAGCAGAUAUCAGCUUGCACCUCCAGCGCUCCGUCCAGCACAGCCAACAGCAACUCGUCCUCUCCGGUCAAGAACACAUACCCCAACCAAAGCAACAUCUCACCAGUCAAACCUGGGCCCCUGCCAGCCAAUCUGGACGACCUAAAAGUAUCAGAGCUCAGGCAGCACCUGCGUAUUCGUGGUAUGCCCGUCUCUGGCACCAAGACCGCCCUCAUCGAGCGACUCCGGCCCUUCAAGGACUCCAACGCAGGGUCCUCGCCCUCAGGCUCCUCCGACAUCACCACUGUGACCUUCCCUGUGACUCCCACGGGGUCCCUGUCCUCCUACCAGUCCCCGUCCUCAUCCAGCGCCCUGUCCCAGGGAGGCUACUACCCUUACCCUAGCACCUCCUCCACACCUCCCAUCUCGCCGGCCUCCUCGGAGCUGUCCCUCAGCGGCUCGCUCCCCGACAGCUUCAGCGACGUGCCCAUGUCCUCGCCCCCGCAGUUCGCCCUGCAGCCGUCCCCGGCUCAGCUCAACAUGGAGGACGGCCUGGGAGGACCCAGGGCAGGGGAGGGUGGAAGUAUGGAUGGCCUGGAAGCUGAAAAAGAUAAAAUGCUGGUGGAAAAGCAGAAGGUGAUUGAGGAGCUGACGUGGAAGCUGCACCAGGAGCAGAGACAGGUUGAAGAGCUUAAGAUGCAGCUCCACAAGAGGAAACGCUGCUAUGGAGCAACACAGGACCCCGUCCCUCCUCCAUCUCAGUCCCACCACCCUUCCAUGCACCACCAGCAGACUCCAGCCAUGAUGGGCCAACAUUUCUUUGGGGUGACAAUCAAACAAGAGCCCAUGUCCCUCUCCUCCAGCUGCCCUCUCUCCUCUCCCAAACAGCUCAAGAGCCCUCCUGGGAGCUGCAUGGAGGACAUGGGACACUGCAACACUUCACUCUCCAAUAUGGGGGGCCACGGUGGGCCGCAAUGUAUGGACACAGCCCCUUCCUCUGGCAGCCCCUCCACCAUGUCUGCUUUCCUCAGUCCACAGUGCUCACCACAAGACUCACCCAUUGGAAAGCCUUCCAGUAGCCCCCAGCCUUCGUCUCCUAAUAACCCCUACCUGCUUUCACCUCCGCUGGGGAGGGACGGCUGCGGUCACCCCCAGCCCCAGGGCAAUAACAGAGCACGCAACAUGCAGAUCCAGCAGAAGAGUGGUGGCCAACCACUGAACUGUUCUUAUCCUUCUGACCAAAGAAGCCUUCAGGGAGUCUUUCCCAACUCAGCUGAUUGUGGCCUUAACCACAACGGCUCAGCCAAGGCUGAGAACCCUAAUAUGCAACCAAAGAUGUCAGUAUUGCCCUCUCCUCGUCAUGCUGGCCAAAAGUGCCAGGUCUCUACCCCAGCCUUCAGUAGCUCAGAUUCAGCUGCAUCUGACUUAAGACAGCCCCCAUGCUAUGAGGAUGCAGUCAAGCAGCAACUGACCAGAAGUCAGCAGAUGGACGAACUUUUGGAUGUGCUCAUAGAGAGUGGAGAUCCCACCACCUUUUGUGACCCGCCCUCCUCUCCUCUUUCUCUUCAAGAGAUGCCAGCUAACGCCAGAGAAGAGGGGGAGAGGUCCUCUCUAACCAAAGUUGUGCCUCACAUUACUGUGUCCCCAGGGUGUCCCAGCCUCCUCAUCCCGAGGUUCCACCGACACUACGAACACCUGUCCCCCACCCAGCUCCCUUACGACCACUCGGCCAAUCACAUCGCUGACAGCCACCUGGAGACUCUGCUGGGCAGUCCCAUUGGGCGGGGAGGAGAGGUAACCCUUCUUAAAAUGGCCACCGAGGACGGGGGCCAGGAAGACGAGGGGAACAGAGACAGCGAAGGGUACGGCAGCCCCCACAACCACCACCGCCACCCUCACCAUCCCCAACAGGAAAAACUUCUGACCAACAGAGAUCUGAUGGACACCCCUCUGUCGCCAAUCAGCAAGGUGUCCGCUGUGCCCGAGGUGCAGGGGAUGGUCAGCAUGACCUUCAGCGAGACGCCGUGGGAGACGAUGGAGUGGCUAGACCUGACGCCGCCCAGCUCAGCCACGGCCUUCAGUGUUGCUCCCCCCAGCGGGCCCAGCAUUUUCAACACAGAGUUCCUGGAUGUCACAGACAUUAACUUGAACUCUGCCAUGGACCUUCACUUGGAGCACUGGUGAAAGCGACACUGCUACCCAAGUGCUGGCUAGCAACAAGCAAGCCAUCAGCAGUCAAACACAAGACACCAGCUUGCAAGUAGCUGUACGGACCACUGAUACCAGCUAUGACCUUACCAAAGAACUAUUGAAUUCUUCUCACAACAGCUUUGCUCCAAGUGCCAGAAUCUGCUCCUUGUAUGAAUCCAGUGGGAUAUGACAUUAAGCAUAGACUGUUAGCUUACAUCCAAAGAUUGACGGCUAAGUCAGACAUUUUACUACAAAUUUUUAUUUUGACAUUGUCUCCACUUCACUGAAAUGAGGUUCUCAUGAUCUUGUCAUACCCAGAAUCAAAAGACCAGGUGCUUUUUGUCCUUUUUUGGACAAUGAUGCACACAAUAGCCAAAUGUGUAUGACAGUGGAGAUAUGAAGGAUUUUCUAGAUGAUGGAAUGACAUGAUUACAGUGCUUUGUACCAACACUUUAUGCAAUAUCAGUGUUACGCCACCUAGACUUGAAGACACAUUUUGACAAUCAUUGUAUACUUUCUGAGUCUAUGUGUGUAUUACUGGAAAAAACGAAUUACAAGGUGAAUUGGAUUGCUUAGUACGGCCAUUUUGUAAAUAUCAUAACUGUACUGACAGAGACAAGUUGACGUCUGCAUAUUUUGUCAGUGGUGUGGGAGAAGACACAAACCACAAAUCAAGUGUAUUAUGUAAUCAGUUUAUCAUUUGAUGUAAAUAUGAAAAAAAAAUCUCACUGUGCACCUUUAGCUUAAUACACAUUUGUCACAGUUUGCUUGAGCUUAGAGUAUGUUUGUAGAAAUGGUUGUCAUUCCUUUGAAGGGCCUUUUUUAUACAAGUUUCUUUUCACUAUUUGGCGUAUUUAUCCACAGAAUGACAUUACGGAGAGACAUUCAUGUCUUUGAAAAAUCUUUGGUCUUAUUAGUUUUAUUGGCAGAAAAAUGGUGCCUUAACAGCUUUUAUUACAAAUUUUUCUUAUACUAGUUCCCCCUUUUUAGUGUUAUUGAUUUACCAUUCCCUAAAGGACAUACCCUAUCAUCCCUGGUAGAUAUUAAUAUAGAAAGCUCUAAGAAAUGUCAGUUUUUCUUUUUUGCUUUUACACAAUUAAGAGAUUUUUGCAUUAAUGCAAAGAUAGACAAAUGUUAAAGAAAAAUACAUACAACCUCAUCUCUAUUUUUUUUCUCACCAAGUACUUUUUUUGUCCGUACAAAUUUCACCCUUUCUAUUUCCAGGCCAAUCACAGUUAUUUAUUUAGUGUUUUUAUAUUUGUACUUUAUCCUGUAUUUAUACUGACAUUCCUUUCUAAUCGAUUGGGGCGCUUUUUGAUUUACCGGAAAACUCCAGUGCUACCAUUUUGACCACGGACAUUUCUUAGUAAAUGAAUUCUCUUUAAAAAAAAAUGUGAUGCAAACUGAAGGAACCACUUUUAAAAGCCAUGCUUUCUUAAAUCUACUUCUUUUCCUUAAAGAAUAAUAAGAAGCAGAAAUGUCCAUUAUAAGCACUUGUGAAUAGGAAAAUGUAAUAUAUUCAAAUCUUUACUGUGAAUACUGCCUUUUAACUCAGCACAAACUUGUACCAAAGCCAGCCUAUACACACAGUAGUUACCCUAAAAAGAAGGUUUCAGUUUUGAAAGUGACAGUGAUUGUUUUUAGCACGUUCAAAAAUACUUUGACAUUUUGGGAAAUACACUUAUUUACUUUCUUGUUGAGAGAUAAAUGAGAAGAUUGAUACUGCUCUCUUAUCUGUCUGGUAAAUAUAAGGCUACAUCCAGCAGUCGGUUAAUUUAGUUUGGCAUAAAGACUGGAAACAGGGGGAAGAGGCUAGCCUGGCUCUGUUGGACGGUAACAAAAUCCACCUACCAUCAGCACCUCUUACUCACUUCUUCAUCUUCAUAAACUAUGAGACAUUAAGCCACAAUGAGCUCCCUCCAUCAUUCCCUAUCCUUGGCAGUAUGUUGAGUCUUUCCUCAAGUUAAGUUAAUUUUAUCUAGCUUGUCUGUGACUCUCCUUGGGCUCACUAACACGUUAUAUUUUGUUUGUUUAAUCCAGCAAAUAACCCCUUGUAAAACUAGAACUUGCUGUUUUUACUCUUCUGUUUUUGCACAUGCUAGAGGCACCAGCCAAGAAAUAACCCUCGCUAUCACCACAACAUACAUUUCUACACUUUGGUUUUGUAUAGAUUAAACAAAUGAGAUGUAAUGCGUCAGCUGCUUCACAUUAUUUCCAGUCUUUAUGCUGAGUUAAAAUAAGCUAGCUGUCUCCUGGAUUCAGUUUCAUAUUUACUCUACAGACAUGAGGGUGGUAUCUACUCUCAGAAAGAAAGCGAAUAGUGUCAAACUAUUGCUUUAAGUGCAUUGGCCAUUUGAUUUCUUGCAUUUACAAUUAUGUUCUCUCUACACAUGGGUCUCACUAUGUGUUCUGUUUUGACCAAAUACAGCUUUUUCCUGUUAGCUAUGAAGUGUUGCACUUGAUAAAUGGGCUCUAUUGCUACAUGUAGUAAUGCCCAUUGUUUUGAAUAUAUGACAAAGCUGAUGUUCUUUACUUUCUGUCUUGAGUUGUAAGAAUAUCUACUGGCCUUUUUUAUCUGUUUGGGUCCUUUUUUCAGUAAUUUUCCCCAAGAAAAAAAAAAUCACAUGUGACAGAAGCUUCCAUGUUGCUUGGCCACCAACUUGCUUUACUAUUGUAAAAAAAAAAAAACAGUAUUUGCCUGCAUCCCUGUAUACUACAGAAAGAAGAGCAAUAAACUUAUCACAGCAAAAUCA